AACAAGCACAAGUAAUCGGCGUUUGGUGGCGUGUUUCGUUGUGGGUAAUAAGUGUUGUGGGUAAAAAGCUUUUCUAUCGUCACCACACGCAAUGGAACCGAUGACGCUAGGCAGUCCAAGCGGAGGAUCACAUUCCGGAACGGCCGGUGUAGGAACAACCGGUUUUUUACCGUCGUUUCUAAUGGGUGACCCACCAUCUACUCCGCGGCCUAAUACGCUUUCACCAACGAGAGGCCGCGCAUCUUUGGCCUACCCGCACGGAUUAGUGGGCUCGCCCUCGGAUGGCCUGAGAUCUCCACCAACGAUGCUUCAUCAGCAGCAGCACCACCACCAUCACCAACAGUUAUCGUCAUCGUUUGUGAUGCCCCACUCACCCCAUGCUCACCAUCAUCCGCAUGCUCAAAGAUUUCUACAGAACUCGACCGCUCAAGUACCGAAUUUGCCCAACCAGUACCGGAACGAAUCGUUCGAUGCAAACGCUAGCAUCACGGGACCGCCAACGCAAGGACUGUUCGAUUCCUGGCGGAAAGAGAAACAAAUGCUGCAAACGCCGACGCGAGGACAACCUGGUUCCACCGGUGGUGCCGCAGAGUCAGCGGGGGGCACUAAUCCGGCAUUCAACGAAACCUUUCCAAACCAGAGCGGUUUCAACAUGUCACGCGUGAUGUCACCGAUACCGAUGGACCGGAACACCAGCGUUUCCUCGUCACCAACACCACCAGCUUUCGGCCCCCAACAGCAGCAGAUGGCACGGUCUUCCAACUGGAUCACGGUGUUUGGGUUCCCACAGAACGCCGCCUCUAAGAUCCUGUCGCACUUCAUAGGCAUCGGAACGAUCGUGGAUAAGCUUUCGGCGCCACAGGGCGGUAAUUGGGUGCAUUUGUGCUAUAGCUCGCGUCUCGAGUGCGAUCGUGCGCUCAACUACAACGGGCGAAUUAUCAGCCAGGGCUUGAUGAUUGGCGUGCAGUACUGCAACGAUCCGGCCGUUUUAGGAAAGGAAAACGAAUGCGACGACCCGCAAACUGCAUCGUCACCGGAGAAACCGCUUUGGCGAGUACGCUCGCUGAUGAAUAUGUCGUACACGACAAUGCAGGACCCGCAGGCGGUCAUUCCGACGCCGGCGGUUCAGAAGCGCAACAAUGGCAUCGUUAACAAAGCCAUGGACCUCUUUUUCGGAUGGUGAGCAGACGGCAAUCUUCAUGGAUGCAGCAUUUUAAUCUCCUCCCCCACGGUUCCCCCAGUCAAAACGAACGUUGGUUGCAAAAAGAGAAACAGCACUCGACAGAAAGGGUA